UCUCGCUCUCGCUGUUUCACGGAAACACGGAAGUCUCUAAAUUUCCAGCAGACCCAUCACAUGACUGCAGUGACAUGGAGUUCUGUUUCAGCCUGGACUGAGUGAGACUACAAUAAAAUCGUCCAGAGACGUCGCCUUUCUGUUCUCGGCAUUGUAUUGUGCCAUGGAGAGAUCGGAGGGGACAUCGGAGCUCCAGUCGCGGCUGUCAUCGCUGUCCUUCUCGUCUUUCCCCGGAAUAACAUCCAAACAUUGCGAAAGCGCCCAAUCCGACAGGCUCCAAAACACAGACCUCUCCACAAACUUGAGCCAGUCCCCAAAACAAGCUGAUAUGGAUGCAUCUGAGCAGCGUGAAGAGGCUAAUGAAGAGGCUCCUGCUGAGCACACCUCAGGGGACCAGGGCGAGAAGAGCAGCACAGGCCGCCCUCCGCUCUCCACCGAGAUGAAAGCUGAGACGCCACCCCUGAAACCCCCGUCGACAUGGACAUCUGCUGCCCUCAAAGAGCUCAAGGCCAAGCUUCGAACGGAGAAGGACAGCAUGGUGACGGUCUACCGGGGUGACAUCAUGACCGUGCACGUGCCCACUGUGCCGGAAGCCAAGAAGGUGUGCUGGGAGUUUGCCACAGAUGGCUACGACAUUGGCUUUGGCAUCUAUUUUGACUGGACUCCCGUCACACAUCGGGCCAUCACUGUGCACAUCAGUGAAUCGAGUGACGAUGAAGAUGAAGAGGAGGAGCUAGAAGGCCCGGUCACCAACGAAGAUGUGGAGAAGGGCUCCAAAGCGGAAAGCAACUCAAACCUGGUUGAGCUCAUACCCGUAUACCGUCAGGACAGCCACUUGACAAUCUACGGCGGCAGCCACGACUUCCCAGGCGAAGGCACUUACCUCUUCAAAUUUGACAACUCCUACUCUCUAUGGCGAAAUAAAACACUUUACUACAGAGUUUAUUACAGUGCCUAAAACUCCCAAUCUUUAUGAAUGUAUGAUUUAAAGAAGCAAAAUACUCAUAUUAUGAAUGCUAAAGCUAUUUUAAAUGAUCUAAAGUUCAACUAUAGCAUAGAGGAUAGACGCUAUAUCUAUUUUUUACCACUCAGCUUGUGUUUCCAAAUGUAAAAUUUGAAGAAGCCUUUCAUUUGCAUCAAUGCCAUUCAAAUCGAAUCUUAAACAUAUAUUUCCAUCUGUUCAGUAGUGGUUAUCAGGGAAGAUCUACUCGGCAUCUACUUGCUAGGUGUUCUUAAGUGCUCUGAAUGUGUAUUAUUUGCUAGGACUUGUUUUUUUUUUUGUUUUGUUUUUUUUAACCGCUCCUCAAUUAAAGGUAAUGUGUUGUGUGUCAGUAGGGGACAUAAAUCAAGAAUGCACUGAAGCAAGCGAUGGCAGAUAUCCAGUCUGUGUGUGUGUGUGUGUGUGUGUGUGUGCGUGUUUUAUGACACAAUUUAAGCCACUCGUUAUCACAUAAAGCUCUUAUUAUGUAAUAGUGAUUCAAUAUUUACAUAUGCUGAGGCCCUGGCUUUAAUUUGCAGAAGUAAUGUUUCAUCUAGAUGUAGUUUGUGCACAAGUCUGUAUGUGAGUGAAGGUCACUGUGUUUAUACGUUCUCUCUGUUAAAUGGUCGUGUUCCUCUUCAUUUCAAACUACCUGAUCUAAUUUCACAUGCUUUCAAGCUUCCAAUUGUUUGUUUGUUUGUUCUGUAUCUUUUAAGUUAUGAUGCUCCUGAAAAUGUAUAUUCCACAAUAAAGACAAUGCUUA